CAGCUCAUGAUUUGAGGAAGUGACAUUUUAUCACCGCUGCGGUCCGGACAGCGGCUGCAAACAGGUGUGCUGUCGUCUGUCCGGCCCGUGUCACUCACGUCUCGGAAGCCGAACCGGGCCACGUCGGACGUGGGACGGCGGCGCUGGCGGCAGGGCGGGCGGUGGGGAGGAGGAGGAAGCCGCUCAAGUGAGCUCUUUAUUAGCCGGGCUGUUGGAUCCAGACGUGGAAGAGGAGAGAGAGAGAGGGAGAGGGAGCGAGAAGGGGGAGCGAGGGCGAGCAAUGGCAACGAAGAAGGCGGCGUGCGUGGAUGCGCCCAAAAGGAGCCGGAGUCGGAGUCCGGUCGCGUUGGAGGCGGAGAUGUUCAGUGAAUUUCAGGACUGGUGCCUCCGCACUUAUGGAGACUCUGGCAAAACAAAGACCGUCACCCGGCGGAAAUACAACAAAAUCAUGCAGACCUUAUUGCAAAACGACGAGUCGGAUGGUGUGUACGUGGACAACAGCCACAUUAACGCCAAAUUCAAAUUCUGGGUCAAGUCCAAAGGAUUUCAGGUGGGGACCAACGUUUUGGGAGAGCACAACAAGAAAGGAGCUGCGGCGAAGCCCGUGCUGUACGUCCCGGUCAAGUCAACGUGUGCGGACGGCAAUUCAGCUCAGGACAACUCGUCUCUGAAGCGCGUGGCUGUAGUGGAAGACUUCUUUGACAUCAUCUACGCCAUGCAUGUGGAGAUUGGCGCCGACCCUGGCCGGGCCCCCAAACACGCGGGCCAAAAGAAAACCUACAAAGCGAUAGCGGAGACCUACGCCUUCCUGCCUCGAGAGGCGGUGACUCGCUUUCUAAUGAGCUGUGGCGAGUGUCAGAAGAGGAUGCACAUCAACCCCAGCACCGCAGAGUUCAAAGAAAAUGACCGUCCAACCUCGCUGGUCCCUGACCUGAUUGACUAUAACAUGCCCCUGACUGCCACCUACUUGAAGCAAAUGAAGUUGCAGUGCAUGACUGCCACCGAGAGGGAUGACUCGUCGGUGAGCAGCGAGGAGAUGAACGGCGCCGAGCCCGCUUGGGCGGCAGCUGACCGGCCGCCAGCGCCUGAGCCCGGGACUCCGAACGGAGCGAGGCUCAGCAACCCCGCAGCCUCCGUCAAGGAAGAUGACGCAGACGACGACUCCUCAGAGAGCAGCAACGGCAAUGGAAUGCCAGCCAUGACCUCGCCCGAGGUGCAGCCCGCGGGUACCAAUCCCCCGGAAGGCAGCGCCUCAUACGGCGAAGUGAUGGAGAACGGCGUGAGCGCUCCCUUGGACUUCAGCACCACUUUGUCUACAUCCUCCUCGGAUGAGCAGCAGCCCGUCAACCUGAGCGACCGACUGCUGCCCGCCGGGUGUUCGCCGCCAAACUCAUUCCCGACAGACCCGAACAGGAAGUACCCAAUCAAAACAGAAUAUGCCAAGUCGCCUCCAUACAGCUCAGGAAGCUACGACUCUGCGAAGACCGAAAUGAGCGCGUGCGCUGAGGACUUGACCUCCGGCCGCGCGCAGAUCAUCGAUGAUGACGACGACGAUCACGAUGAACACGAUGACAGCGAUAAGAUCAAUGACGCUGAGGGGAUGGACCCUGAGAGACUUAAAGCCUUCAAUAUGUUUGUGCGUCUGUUUGUGGAUGAGAAUCUGGACCGCAUGGUGCCCAUCUCUAAACAGCCCAAGGAGAAGAUCCAGGCCAUCAUGGAAUCAUGUGGCCGCCAGUUCCCUGAGUUCCAAGAGCGCUCUCGCAAGCGCAUUCGCACCUACCUCAAAUCUUGUCGCCGCAUGAAAAAAAGCGGUUUUGAGAUAAGACCAACCCCUCCUCACCUCACGUCUGCCAUGGCUGAGAACAUCCUCGCCGCCGCAUGCGAGAGCGAAACCAGAAACGCCGCCAAGAGGAUGAGGCUUGAUAUCUACCCAGCGGAAGAACCCGCCCUUGUUGACAAGUCCAGCACCAGGGAGCCCGCAUCCGUGGCCCCGUCGGGCUUUGUCAUCGCCAGCUCAACUUUUGCCCAAGACCAGCUCUACACCAACGGAGGCCUCAACUACAACCUGCGUGGCUACGGCACUGUCGCCGGCAACCAGCAGAAUGCUGGUGCAGCACAAACCAACGGUCCAACAGAUCUGAGCAUGAAGUCGGUGGUUGCGAACUCCUCUUCCUCCAGCUCAAACAGUCAUGGGCAGGGCGGCGGGGGUGGAGGGGCCUCGGCCCAACUCAGUCCCCCGGAAGUGACGGCGGUCAGGCAGCUCAUUGCAGGAUACAGAGAGUCAGCUGCCUUCCUGCUCCGCUCGGCCGACGAACUGGAGAACCUGAUUCUGCAGCAGAACUGAACACCCAACAGACCCAGCCCGCACUCGGCUUGUCCGUCCGUCCAUCCGUCUUCGUGUGUAAAUAUGUCACUCUGACAUACAAGUCUUGGCGAAGUUGGACAGAGGCACAAGCAAAGGGGAGUGGUUCUGCCAAGCACAGCAGGUCCUGUAAGGUACCUUGACUCAUCCCACAUGACUAUUUAUGCAUUUGCUUCCCUUUGACCUCAGUGCUCUGUCUUCUGUAGUCUCCCCGCUAAGUUUCUCUCUCCACCUCAGCCCCCAUUUGUCUCAGGAAGUGAUAAUGUGUGCAGAAAACAAAUCCAAUUGUCCAUCUAGUGCCAUUUCCCCCAACCUUCAAAGAGCCAAAGCUCAAGAAAAGUCCCCCGGCAAAACACCGAACAAACUCGUCACAAAGUAUUUCAAAUAAUGACUCCCAUUUAACAUGAGUGUGAUUGGCUAAAAGAUUUAUUUUUGUUUUGGUCAGUUCAGCAGAACAGUUAAUAGAUCACAUUUAUGGUGGAACGAGUUAUGAAAUGAUUUACCUUGAUCUUAUUUUCU